GAUUAAGAACAACACAUGACUCACUUCAAGACUUCUACUUGUAAAGGGUUACCUUUUUAUAUUCUAAGAAAACAGUUAUUUGAUGCUCAGUUUGAUGAAAAAAUAAGCAACAUGUUGUUUUUUCUGGUUGUAUUUUUGAGAUUUUAACUGAAUUGACCUAAUAACGCAUUGGAUGAAUUGGCCUUUUAUUCAUCUCGCCGCUGCUUUGGAAUGUAAUUUUAAGGAUUAGGUUUGUCGAUAACCGUUUGAAUAUGUGUUUGCUCUUGCCUUGGUUGAAGAGCUGAAUAAAUGGAGAGGCAUAAAAACAGGCUGGCUUGUGCACACAGUGAGAGAGAGAAAGGUGUGGUCGGGGCUGUUGAUUGCCAACAAAGUGACUAUCGGACAAAGCAGGUGUGAGGGGACACAUAUUCUGAUUGCUGAAGGAACAGACGGGAGAUUCCAAGGACCAUCUGCAAAAAAGCUACUGUGGUCAAGGUUCAUCUCUAUGGCAGCACUCGAGUGUUUUUAAGAAUUUCCGGCAAAAAUACACAUUGAAAAAGCUGCGUGGCCAGAUUCACCAUGGAUGUGGUUAAGCACGAGGAUACAAGACCACCGCCGUACGCCCCGCGGGCUGGGAUAUACCCCUCCCUCCCUCAAGCCACGCCAAGUUAUGUCAUCACUCACGCGCCCGAAAACACCUUACAGUCUACACCGCAGGAAAACGUCCAAAACAAAGGAAGAAAGAAAUGCAAAUGGAGCCGCAUCCUGCCCGUGUCCAUAUUUGUCCUCCUCAUCCUGGCGGUGCUCACUCUCCUGCUGUGGUACUUCUUGUAUUACCAAUGUGCAUUUGGGAGGGCCUGCUGGAACAGUGGGAAGUGUCUGAGCUUCUCCCAGUGGUGUGAUGGAGUCGUAGAUUGUCCUGACGGAGAGGACGAGUCCAAAUGCUUUCGUCUUCAUGGAAGCAACUUCCUGUUGCAGAGUUACUCGUCACAGAGCCAGUCGUGGAUGCCAGUGUGUGCUGACAAGUGGGACGACGACUACGGGAAACUUGUGUGCGAGGAGAUGGGUUACAAGAGCAAGGACUAUGUGACCUACAGCAAAACCAAUGCAGGUUCUUUGGCCUCCAAAGGCUUCAUGAAACUGGUGCCUGGAAGUGACAAGAAAUCACAUAUUCUAUCCCAGCUGUCUCACAGUCUAUUUUGCUUGCAGAAUACUGUUGGACUACGCUGUAUAGAUUGUGGAAAGACCAUUGCGGCCCCCAGCAGUCGCAUCGUAGGUGGUACAGAGGCUUCACAAGGAGCCUGGCCCUGGCAGGUCAGUCUCCAGUCUUUGAGUAGCAGGCACAUUUGUGGAGGCUCCAUCAUCAGCCCACUCUGGAUUGUCUCAGCUGCACACUGCUUUGAAGGUUCCUCAAACUCCUCAGAAUGGAUCGUCCGCUCAGGUGACGUCAGCUUGUUGGAAAUGAAAUUGUACAACGGCAACGAAGUUCGCCAAAUCAUCAGCCAUGAAAAGUUUGACUCUGAAACCAACGACAAUGACAUUGCUCUUCUGAAGCUGAAAAAACCUUUGACGUUUUCAAGGAAGGUAAAGCCGGUGUGUUUGCUUAACAAUGGCAUGGAGCUCAUGGCUGGAACUCCAGCUUGGAUUACAGGUUGGGGAAAGUUGAGGUCGUCUGGGCCACUUCCAGACAAACUCAAUCAGGCUCAGGUCACCAUUUACAACAGAGAGGACUGCAACAAACCCAACAUUUUGGAUGGCGCUAUCACUGAAACCAUGAUUUGCGCUGGGGAACUGAAGGGAGGCGUGGAUUCCUGCCAAGGCGAUAGUGGAGGACCCUUGGUGGUCAAGGAGGCAGACGUGUGGUGGCUGGUUGGAGACACCAGCUGGGGAAUUGGAUGUGCGUUAAAGAACAGGCCAGGGGUCUACGGCAACGUCACUCACUUUCUUGACUGGAUAUAUCGGCACACGCAGAGUGAAUGAUGCUGGUGAACAUGAAAGGCGGAUCUUAUGACUAUGAGCCUUUAAUGGCCAUACACACUAUGCACUUUGGAGUUGAAAUAUUGGUAAACACUGAAAGUUUCUGUUUGAACAAAUGUAUAUAAAUACAGAUUUUUUUCCCCACAAAAUAACAAAUGUAUACUUUUUGGUUUAUUUUUCAAUUUCCCUAAAAAAAUAUUUAAAAUGAAAAAUCUGGUUUGUAAUAAAUGGAUGUGUAGCUACAAGCUAAUGCAA